AGGCUAGAGGGCGUGAGGAUUGAGCUGGGUCAAGGCUGGGUGCACCAUCCUCAUUAUCAGCCCCAUUCUCCAUCGCUCGGGCCUGCCCAUUGAUCCUCCUUCAGAUCGGCUCGGUUGGGACCCCGCUGGGCACGGUGUCAGUAUCGAUCCUGCUCCUCCCCACGCCCCGCUCAUUAAACCCCGGGACGAAGACGGCGGGUGGAACGUGAUGGAAUGCCCACAUUUGUCGGACCUGCCUUGGUACACUGGGCACGAGCCAGUGGUGUCCCCCCAUCAGGCCAUCAAGUGCUCGGUUUGUCCCGAGAUCAAUUCCGUUUGGGUGUGUCUGAGUUGCGGCUAUUGGGGAUGCGGGCGUUAUGCGUCGGCCCACGCUCUGGCCCACGCCCAAACCGCCCAACACCCUGUGUGCAUGGAAGUCAAAGAAACCUCAGUAUUCUGUUACAAUUGUGAUGAUUUUAUAAUCAACGAUACCUCAGACCAGAAGGUCAAUGGCAUUCGUCAGCAGCUCCGAAAAUGGUCAGUGAAUACAUACAGCAGCCCAAAUAAUGAGAAUGAGGAACGCGACGUGGGCGUGGACACGGACCCCGCCCACCACCCCGAGAAACGAACCCUACGAUCGCGUCGAAAAAGGGCGAAAUCCCUGGAAAACGUGGAAGUUGAGAAUAAUCGCCCACCGAUGAUCAAACGAUCCCGUAAAUCCACCGAGACCGGACAUAAUCAUCACCAUCGUACCAAUCGCCCGGAUCCCGAAAUGGUUCAAAAUAGUAAAUCCCUGCGAAAGAACCUAGUCGGAUUGCGAAACUUGGGCAACACUUGUUUUAUGAGUGCCGUUCUUCAGUCGUUAAGCAACAUCCACGAAUUUUGCCGGGUUCUCAAGCAGUUGCCCUCAUUGGAGAGCUCUCAAGGGAAUGGCGAGAUUGCCAAGCCUCCACGCGAAACCAGGAGCAAAGGAAUGGUGACUUCUUGCAAUGGAUCGGAGGGAGCCAUUGUCACCGAGGAACUUCGCAAAGUGUUGGUGGCACUCAAUCAAGGAACAGCGGGGGCCAAGAAGGCCAUUUCACCCGAGGCUCUGUUCCACGUCAUUUGGAAGGUGGUCCCCAGGUUCCGAGGAUAUCAGCAACAAGAUGCUCACGAGUUCCUUCGAUACAUGUUGGACCGACUUCACACGGAGUUGUUGUCUUUGCUGCCCAGCGAUAUUUCUUGGCUUCAAAAGAACCUCUCCCCUUAUUCUCGGCGACUCUCGAAUCGAGGGUUUGCCCAAACCUCCUCACAGUCUUUGGUGACCUCGGUCUUUGGCGGGACUCUCCAAUCCGAAGUGACUUGUUUGACUUGCAAGACCUCUUCCAAGAAGCACGAUCCCUUCUUGGAUUUAUCCAUCGACAUACCCAACCAAUUCAUGCAGGCCCGAAAGAGCAAGGAUAAAUCCUCGCUUGGAUCCUCCGAAGAGAUCAAGCGGAGCUGUAACGUCCAUGACUGCUUGGAGAAGUUCACGGACGUGGAGGAGCUCUCGGAUGCCGAUCGUUUCUUCUGUGAGCGUCGGUGCAAUCGGAAGCAGCCCUCGACAAAGAAAUUCUGGAUCCGACGACUUCCCAAUGUCCUUUGUCUCCAUCUCAAGCGCUUCCGUUGGAGUCCAUAUUCCCGAACCAAGAUCGAUACUCAUGUCGAAUUCCCCUUGGUUGGACUCAACAUGUCCAAAUAUUUGCUCUCCAAUCACCACGAUACUCGUUGCUCCAAUUCAGGCUCUUGUCUGUACGAUCUGGCGGCGGUCAUCGUACACCAUGGCUCCGGGGCCGGUUCGGGACAUUAUACCGCAUUCGUAAUCAGGGACGCGAAUUGGUAUCACUUCAACGAUUCCACCGUGUCCGCCACAGAUCCCGAGACCGUUUCCAAAAGUAAGGCUUACAUCCUGUUCUACAUUCAAAGAGAGUUCCAAGCACUUCCUCCCAAAUCAGAAUGAGGUGGAUCCCUCGUCGCCUGUCACUCAUUCUCAUUCAAAAUCGCUGUGAAUUUGGUCAUCUACAUUUCAUUCGUAACCGUUCCCUUGCUUCACCGUACUCUCAUUUGUCCACGUUAUGUCCAGCUCAAGUGAAUCCCAGGCCUUGAAGGUCUGUCAACCACGAAGAAACGAAUCUGCUAGCGCUUUGGUUUCUAAUGUACAUGUCGAGGGUUCAAAUCAUACCACGGAACGUUUCGACGGUUUUCUUUGAAUCGUGCUCAAUAAAACCCCAAAUCUCUCCCCCCUCA